UUCCCAUCUCUUUAGGAAUGGAUCAUUUACAGGCUAAUUUGGAUGUCUUGGCUUCAGCUACUAAGUUUGGCAGGAGUUUUUCACAGUGCUCUCUCAAUAACAAUAUGGCAUUGUUCAAAGAACACUCACCAUCUCAUGAGCUUGAGCAUUUUCAAGAACCAAACCAAGUUCUAUCCAAUGGAUAUCACAAUAAGAUAUCAUCUUUAGUUCCUGGAGCUGCAGCAGUAUCUCAAACAGUAAACAAAAAACCACGCAUGGAGCAGCGUUCUUCUUUCUCUCCUUUCAAGGUAAGGAAGGAGAAGCUUGGAGACAGAAUUGCAGCACUUCAACAAUUGGUGUCACCUUUUGGCAAAACAGACACAGCUUCAGUGUUGAUGGAGGCAAUUGGUUACAUUAAAUUUCUCCAAGAUCAAGUUGAGACAUUGAGUGUUCCCUACAUGAGAUCUUCAGGAAAUAAGAAACUAAAGCCAAUGCAUGGAGGGGCUUUGGUUUGCGUCGAAGAAAAAGAAGAGCCGAAACCAGAUCUUCGAAGCCGAGGCCUCUGUCUUGUGCCAUUGUCUUGCACAUCAUAUGUCACAAAUGAUAAUGGUGGCCUCUGGUCACCACCAAACUUCAGAGGAGGAACUUGAGCUAAUUAAUUAAUAUGAAGUCUUGAUGAUCAAUCAAAGAGAUCAGAGAGUGUACAUGAGCUGAUGAAUAUUUACUUCAAAUUAAGUUUCCUUUAUUCAUGAAUCAUUUCAAAAUGAUUCAUGAUCUUAGAUUUCAGAAUUAAUGUGUCAUAACUCUGACCUUGCAAUCAGAAAAGGUUAGUAUUAAUGUUGUUGUUGUUGUUGUUGUUGUUAUUGUAUAUGAUGGAGCAAAUUUGAUCAGCUUUUGAGAAAGUUCUGAGACAGAACAAGUUUGCUCCAUUUUAGUGAUGUAACCAGUUGAUGGGUUCUCUUAGAAAAAUCUUGGUGGCACUUUCA